AUGUACGGUGAAGCUAUGGUGGCACAGGGGGAUUUCUAUGAUACAGUAACUUCCAUGUGCUCUAUGUUAGAAUCGAGAAGUUUUCAUCUGCUUAUUGUGUUUGGUAAUACGACUACGGUUCAUUCUGUCAACGUAAUGGCACAAUAUCUGGAUAUUCCCGUCAUAGGAUAUAGUCGGCAGGCGGACGACGAAUUUUUUCAGUUGCACCAUCCUCUCUAUUUGAGCUUAAUGCCAUCAAAAGCCCAUUUGGCGGAGGGUCUGGCAAGACUUAUGAGUGUAAACUAUUGGUACCGUUACACUAUGGUGAUUCAAGAAGAAAUAAAAGAUGACGGAUUUCACGUGGAAUUAAAAUCUUUAACUCAAACUCAAAACUGGGAUAUCGAGGAGGAAUUGAUUAUAUCCAAUACAGCCACGGAUAACGAAAUUGCAAAUCAACUUGUUCCGAUCGGAAAUAAUAAUUCCCGGAUAUUUGUGUUACACACUAGUGCUCAUUUGGCUAUGAGGAUACUUGAUCAAGCCAAUAGACUUCAUUUCACAGGACAAGAAUUCGCUUGGAUUGUGACCGAAAACGCUUACACGAGAAACACCAAGGAUUUACAACAUUUCCCACCAGGAACUUUAGCUUUUAUGUUAAAUUUGGCGUUGAAUGAAGACGAAUUAUUAAAAGAUACCAUGACACUCAUCACAACCGCAAUUAAAGAACGCCGCCAUCUUGGUUCAUCCAUGUCCUUAAAUCAGAAAAAAGGCUGCUGGCAUCUUCAAAAUCAUGAAAAAUCACCCAUGGAUAACAAAUUAUACAAAGCUUUGAUAGAUACAACUAUAUAUGGAUUAACGGGAUCAUUAAAAUUUGAUACCGGUGGAUAUUUAAAUAUUUCAUCUUUUAAAGUGAGGAAUUUAGUGUUUGAUGGUCGCGGUAACGUAUGGCGUGAUAUUGGAUGUAUUCAGGGAGAUGAUGUGCGACCAUUUGGGAUUAUUUGGCCGGGAGAUGCCUCGUCUCCAGACUCUAAGACACAAGGACGCAAGCGCUAUCGUGUGGUGACGAACCCCGUUCAGCCAUUUGUGAUGCAAGAAGCUCCACAUAAAGAUUAUCAAAGAUGUGUGACGGACACCACGUGUCUAAAACUCUUUUCUAAGGAUAAAGCUAAAACAAUAGCAGCAAUACGAGAUUACGAACAACAGAUAUAUCGUGAAAAUAAAACAUACGAAAUUCACUGCUGUAGAGGUCUUGCUAUUGACCUGCUGAAUAAAUUGGCAAGUGAUCUGGAUUUCGACUUUACCUUAUUUAUUGUACAGGAUGAAACGUACGGUAGGAAGGUGAACGGCAGUUGGAACGGCAUGGUGCGGGACUUAAUGGAUGGAACAGCCCAUUUCGCCGUGGGAGCCUUUAGUAUUACACGGGUACGAUCUGAAGUGAUCGAUUUCACGGACCCUUAUUUUUUUUCAGGGUUUUCUAUUUUGUAUUCCGAGAAAACCCGCGAAACAAAUAUGGAUGCUUUUUUAGAACCUUUUGCGCUUCAAGUGUGGUUUGCAAUAUUUGUCAGUGCUACUCUUUCCGCAAUUGCCAUGGCCUUAUUUGAAUGGAACAGUCCAUUCGGAUUAAAUCCAUGGGGUCGAAAACGAAAAUCAAAUUAUACUCUAGCUUCUGGAUUAACUAUGGUGUAUUCUGUGUUAUUUGGUCAUACUGUUAAAACGAAAUCACCGAAAGCCUGGCCCAGUAAAGUCAUGCAAAACUUUUGGGCGUUUGCUGCCAUUUUUAUCAUUGCUAGUUAUACUGCUAAUUUGGCUGCCUUUAUAGCAGGAAAACAUGCUGGGAUAGAUUAUACGGAUAUAGGUGACUCAAGGUUACUAGAUAUACGUAUAGGUCUAUUACCAGGAAGUGCUGUUGGGGGAUUUUUAGAAAAAAUAUCCAGUAAGUUAUAUGCCAUGUCUACUGCUGUACCUACUACAGAUACUGCCAUUGAAAUGAUCAUUGGCGAAAAAAUAGAUGCUUAUUUAGGUGAUUACCCAAUACUGGACUAUGCAAGAGCUCAUCUGGCACCACGCUGUGAGCUCAAACUUCUGUUAAAAAUAUUUGGGGAUGAUCGCUAUGGUUUUGGCCUUCCAAAGGGGUCUCCUUUAAAGGUUGCUUUAUCACGAAAAAUAUUAGAAUAUCAUCAAAAUAGUCAGAUAGAAGAUUUAAUAGACGUUCAUUUCGCGGACUCUCAGUGUUAUAAACAACGUAUUAGUCAACAAGAAUCUUCGUUGGAAGUGACACAUCAUGCCGGUCUAUUUGUUAUGAUGUGUGUAGGAAUAAUGAUAGGAAUAGUGGUAUUGUUUAUAGAACAUGGCGUAUUUAAGUGGCUCGUACCAUAUUAUAGAAUGAAACCAGGAGCCAGUUUUUGGAAGAGUUCCCAUGUCAUGUUCUUCAGUCAGAGAUUACAUCGGUCCAUUACCAGUGCCGAGUUAUUGUCCGCCCAUGAAUCUGCCAGGGAGUUGAUCGGAUUGGUGAAAAAUCGUGAGUUUGCCAGGCUCUUUCAAAAAAGUACAAUUAGGAAAAAUAAAUUAGCCGAUAUGGCGAAAACUAAGAGAAUAAACAGAAACUUUUAUGAUAUAGUUGAAAAGGCAAAAUGGUUACAUGAAAUGAGGGAGAUGAAUUUAAUGGAUGAUGGAGACGACGAUCCACCACCCACCAUAAUAGAAAUACCUUUAAAAGAUCUCGGUGCUAAAAUAGAUUCAAUUUUACCCAAACCGGCUGACGAGUGA